UUUGGGCUAAUAGUUUUUAAUGUCUAGAACUAGUCAUCAUAUCAUGAAUCAUGCAAGCCAUCAUUAGUUUAUUACCUUAAUCCACUCCUUGAUGGUCAACUAGGUUAAUUAGCACUGUCAGGGUUAAAGGGAUUCAGAACUUAGGAGGCGGUUUGAUUUGAAGAAGCUGAAGUAAACGUAAAGAGAAAAGAUGGUGGGAGAGUCACUUCUUGAUCAACAACAGCAAGAACCAUCUUCUUCCAAAGAUUCUUCUUUGCCCACAUCUCUUAUCAGAAAAUUGUACAUUGGCCACUUCUUAGCAAGAUGGGAUGCCAGAAUGUGGGAAUUCUCUGUGGGUUUAUACAUGAUCACUCUUUGGCCAGACUCCUUAAUCCUUCCUGCUAUUUAUGGUGCAAUUGAAUCUGCUUCUACUGCAUUUUUCGGUCCCAUCAUUGGACAAUGGGUGGAGAAGUUGACAUACAUUAAGGUUCUCCGAAUUUGGUUGGUGACCCAGAAUCUCUCCUUUAUAAUAGCUGGAUGCACAGUAAUUGCAUUACUGUUCUAUCCAGACUUGAAGUCGACAGAUUUCACAGCAUUCAUCUUACUUGUGAUAUUAACCAACCUCUCUGGAGCUGUUGGGGUGCUUUCCACUCUUGCCGGCACCAUCUUAAUAGAAAGAGAAUGGGUGGUGGUGAUAUCAGAAGGCCAUCCACCUGGUGUUCUAACAAGGAUUAAUUCGAUUAUUAGACGAAUUGAUUUAACCUGCAAGCUUCUUGCUCCUGUUAUUAGUGGCUUCAUCAUGAGCUUUGUAUCAGUUAAAGCCUCUGCUAUGACUUUAGCAAUCUGGAACACUAUAGCAGUGUGGCUAGAAUAUUGGCUUUUCACAUCUGUACAUGAUGGCAUUCCAGCUUUAGCUGAAAGUGGCCAAAGGAGGAUUUCACGACUUUCACGAAGUGAUAUGGAAGAGAUCACGUCUAUUUCUCCAGAAAGAGAGGGCUUGAUUUCUCCAGGAGGCGAAAAUUCGGUUUCGGUGGAUUUGGGAUGGAGAAGGAGAUUAACUCAGAGCUUUUCAAAGGUUCCCUUUGUCGGUGCUUGGCUUGUGUAUUUACAGCAAGAUGUUCUGCUCCCUGGUGUAGCUCUGGCCUUAUUAUAUUUCACAGUGCUUAGCUUUGGCACCUUGAUGACAGCUGCCUUGGAAUGGGAAGGUAUACCUGCAUAUGUGAUCGGAAUAGCCCGUGGAAUAAGCGCUAUGAUUGGAAUAGCCGCGACGGUUGUGUACCCAAUCUUGCAAUCUCGUAUUUCAAUUCUCAGAACAGGACUCUGGUCAAUCUGGUCUCAGUGGACCUGCCUUCUAGUGUGCAUUGCUUCAAUAUGGGUCCAAAAUCAUCUUUUAUCUGCAUACAUGCUGAUGGCUGGAGUAGCUAUCUCUAGGCUUGGCUUAUGGAUGUUUGACUUAUCUGUAAUCCAACAAAUGCAGGAUCAAGUUCCCGAGCCUGAUCGUCUGGUUGUGGGAGGUGUUCAGAAUUCUGUUCAGUCUUUUAUGGACUUGUUGGGUUAUGUUAUGGGCAUAAUCAUCUCCAACCCUCGGGAUUUCUGGGAGUUGAUCAUAUUGUCCUUCUCAGCAGUAACAGUUGCUGCAUUGCUUUACAGCAUACAUCUAUAUCGAGUUAGAAAGCACCUUUUUCACUUUGAGAAGCUGUUCAUGUUGGUGAAAUGGGAGAUCAUGUCACCUUCGCAUCAAAAUUUACUGGAACCAAAUAUUCCUAGGUAGGAUUCAUCCCUACAGCCUGCCGCUCUGACGCCAAGUUACUGAGAUUCCUCAGAGAUUAGGCCCGAUAAUAACUUAUCAAAUACGUUGGUCUUCUGGGUGGGGAUAUUAUCCUCCUUUCGUUGCCAGGAACAGCAGGGCAAUUUAUUAAAUUUUGAGCAGUGGAAAAUGAACAAAUAAUAGGAGGACAACAGAGAAUAUUGUGGCUCGAAUAAUGAUUAAUUAAUAAAUAAAAAUUUAAUUUAUAUA